AUGCCAAUUGCAGCCAUGCUUGCCUGUUUUUGCGACAGCUUGCACGCGACACCGUCGCACAAAAUCUGCGUCACCGUUUUUGACCCAACUGGACACGCCCCCUUCACAGCCCACCGAGGGAAGGUACAGAAUGUCCACAGACCUAAAAAAACAAAACAAAUUCCACCCAGUGUGCACAUUCCUCAUUAUCCACGACCACAGUUAACAAGAAACGCCAAGCUAACGUGUGUGAAAAUGGCUGCUUCGCUGCUGAGAAUAGGAGGACUUCGAUGUGUGAAGUGUUUUCAGGCUGAGAGCUGGAGUACACUGUGUAGAGCACCCAGCGCUGCAGCUUAUAGCACAAAGUACGGGGGCUCAAAAAAGUCAUCAAAAAAGAACUCUGACAAAAAACAGGUUAAAACAUACUUCGAUAUAGAGAAGCUUGUUCAGCACAAGCCCUUUGAGUUUCCCAAGAAAGAUGUUUCUGCGCCAGCAGUCAGUUCAACAGCACAUCCUUCACUCUACACUCUUACACCUGAGAAGGCCGCCAACCGUGUUGCUGAAGCAGUUCCUGCAUCAGCAGCUGGUACUGCACCUGUGCAUGGACCAGUUAUUGAGCCUGUCCCUGCAGUUGUUCCUGAAGUCCAACCUGUAAUUGAGGCAGCAGCUGAAGAUAAAACAGCCAUGGAAACUUUUGCUGCUCCACUAUCUGAAGUGGGUCCCAAACCAACUGUCAAAGUUGUGCAAGAUUCGCCCAAGGCUGUUCCCUCAGAAGCUAAUGUUGGAGCAGCAGUUGAUCCUCUACCUGAAGCUACCCCUUUGCAAACUGUGGCUGAAACUACAAAUGUGGAAUCUGCAGCCGAGCCUGUGCCAACUGUUGCCCAGAUGGAAGCUUCCACAGAACCGAAGACUGAAGCUUCCCCUGUAGAAGCUGCUAGGACCGAGAUUGUGGCUGAGGUUACCCCUGCAGAAGCAGGUGCAGAGCCUGCCGUUGCAGCUAUCCCUGUGGGUGAGCCUGUUGCCGACGUUGCAGAUGUGGCUAAAGCUGCUCCCACGGAUGCUCCUGCAGACCUUGUCAUUGAAGCGGUCACUGUCGAAGCUGCAGCCCCACCUGUAGUUGCAGACGCCGUGGUAGAAGCUGCCGCAGAACCUGUUGUUGAAGAUGCCCCUGUGAAAGAUGUGGCCGAGUCUGUUGCUGAAGUUGCAGCUGAGCCUCGGGCUGAAGCUUCCCCUGUGGAAGCUGCUGCAGACCCUGUUAUUGAAGCUGUCAUUAUAGACGCUGCUGUCAAGCCUGUGGCUGAAGCUGAUGUAGAUCCUGUUGUCGGUGAUACCCCUGUGAAUGUAUCAGAGCCUGUUACCGGAAUUGUAGAGGAACUUAUGGAUAAAGCUGCAGAGCCUAUUAUUGAAGAAACCCUGGUGAAUGAUGUGGCAGAGCUCGCUCUUCAAAUUGUAGCUGAUUCCCCCUUGGAAGCUGCAGCAGAACUCGUUGUUGAAGCAAUCACUGUAGAAGCUGCAGUGGAAGAAGGUGCUUCACCUGUAGCUGAGUCUGUGGCUGCCGAAGCUGCAGCUGAUGUCUCCACACCUGAACAUGACACAGUGGAGCUGUUGGAGCUUGCUCCCGUUAUACAUGAAGAUGUAGGAGAGAAGCUGCAGGAAGAGAAACCAGCUCAAAUGGACCCGAUUCAGCGGCUCUUCCUGGACUCCAUACGUCAGUAUUCAACAGGAAACCAAAUUACCACAGAGUCAGUUGAUGGUGAUUCAGAGUACCAAAGGGCCCUAGAACAGGAGAUAGCCAAGCUCCAGAGGCUUUAUGGAGGAGGGGACCUCACAUCUUUCCCAGAGUUAAAGUUCCCAGAACCCACAUUUGAUGAAGUUUUCCAUAAAUGAAUAUCAUCUCCUUCUCACCGUACUGGACAAAUCCCUGCAAAUUUAUGCUCUAUGGAGGAACGUUGUCUGUUUACUAUCGAAAGUUGCAAAAUCUUAAUCUCUUUCCUUGUGAGAAGAACGGAAUGUGUAACGUGUGUGUAGGGGAGAAAACAAUGUCUUUUGCGGUAUAAAUAUGCAAGUGAAAUGGUUAGCUGAGUCUUCUAUAUUUUAUUUUAUAGUGUAGGUUAUUAUAACCACCUUCUAUUAUAGUGAUGCAAAAGACUUUACUUAUUUUCAACUUUUAAAUGUGCUAUCUGUCAUGAUUUCAGUCAUGUUGAGUCAUAAACAUAUAGUUGCAGUCCGAAGUUAACAUGCAGUCAUCAUAAGAAUUAAUGUCAGAUCACUUUUGGGCCUUUAUUGAUUCACUAGAACUGUUCUUUUUCGAUCGGGGAAAAUACAAUGUACAUCAGGUCCAUCUUGAACGGUUUACAUUCUCUUUUUUUGCUACGACACAUUUGGGGUAGAGGCAUAGCUUUUGGCUCCAUUGAAAGAUAUAUAUAUAUAGUUUCCCCUGUGACAUUGUGCUGUGUGUCUACCCAUACUCAAAUGUCCCUCAUGCUGGAUGUCAUUAAAUGUGUACAUUGAAUAAUAAAUAAAUACGGACCUUGAAGAGA